CUAGAACCAGUAGAAGAGUCUCUGCUAGAAAAAUUUGGAUUCCCUGAAGCUGGAACAGAGACCAGAUGUUACACAAAUCAUGCACUGUCUUACGACCAGGCAAAACGGCUGCCUAGAUGGGUGAUUGAACAUAUCUCAAAACAGAAGACACUGGGCAAUGCAGACCGAAGGCACUGUAAAUUCAGACCAGAUCCUAACAUCCCUCUAAUGUUUAGUGCUGUCAAUGAAGACUACCUUGGGAGCGGAUGGUCACGAGGACACAUGGCACCAGCGGGAGAUAACAAAUUUUCAACAAAAGCUAUGGCCGAAACAUUUUAUCUGUCUAACAUCGUGCCUCAGAACUAUGAAAAUAAUGCUGGAUUUUGGAACAGGAUGGAAAUGUACUGUCGGGAAUUGACCGAGAGAUUUGAGGAUGUUUGGGUGGUUUCUGGACCUCUGACCUUGCCUCAAACAAAUGAUGAUGGAAAGAAGAGUGUUACUUAUCAG